GUAGAUUUACUUGGACAAAAUGCUAAAUCAAAUAAAAUGUGCAUUACAAUCUGGAAUCAAAACGUUAACUGGACAUAAAAUCGACCACAUAAAUUCAUUCCAUGAAUUUGUUCAAUUUAUGUACACGCCAGUUGAUGGUUCUAGUUUGGCAAUGGGACGGAUGUUGUUCGGACUAAUGAUGCUCAUCGACAUCCCGGAAGAGCGUGGCGGUAGUAUUUUAGACAUACGUUUUGGCAAAACUACAAAUUGCUUCUUUCCAUUGAUUCCAUUCGUAAAGCCAAUGAUCGCUUCAAAAAUGGGUCUCAUUUAUGCCUGUCUUUGGUUAGGUGCUCUUGGUAUAACGAUUGGAUACAAGUUUCGACUGUCCACCUCAAUGUUUGUAGUAACUUAUUGGUACAUUUUCUUGCUAGACAAAAGUGUUUGGAACAAUCACAGCUAUCUUUAUGGACUAUGUGGAAUUUUGUUUUUGGUCAGUAGUUCGCACAAACAUCUUUCAAUCGAUGCUCUUCAGAAUAAAGACGACGAUCGUCACGUUCCAUUCUGGAAUUACGCAAUCAUAAAAUUUCAGUUUUGUAUUCUGUAUACUGUGGCUGGAUUGAAAAAAUUCUCCUCUGAAUGGCUGUCGGGCUAUGCAAUGAUGAAUCUUAGCUACCAUUGGAUAUUUUGGCCAUUCAGAACAUUUCUAGGUGAACGGAUGACUGAUCUUUUAGUUAUACAUUGGUUCGUUUGCUUCUUCGAUAUGUCCAUAAUUUUUUGGAUUAUUUUUAAACCGACACGAAAGGCAGCUACAAUUCUAUGUGCGACUUUUCACUUGAUGAAUUCGCGACUCUUUUCAAUUGGAAUGUUUCCGUGGGUGUGUUUGGCCGAACUGCCAAUUUUUUAUGAGCGAGACUGGCCAAAAAUGUUGUUUAAAUCACAGGGUGCAAGUAAAAGCGAAUCUAAGGCCGUUGAACAAUUGACUUCGAAACAGAAAUCUCACACGGUGGCUGUGAAAUACAAGGAAAAAUUGGUCAUUUGUCUGAUGUUGUUAUACUGUACCAGUCAGGUAUUUUUGCCAUAUUCCCAUUUUAUUACUAGAGGCUACAACGGUUGGGUUGAUGGAGUUUAUGGCUACUCUUGGGAUAUGAUGAUUCAUGCAUGGGAUACCCCAUUAACGAUUGUUGAAGUUGUCGACCACAAUAGCAAUGGCAGUUACUUUCUUCAUCCGAAUUCAUUUUCCGUAAAUGACCGAUGGACUAAGCAUCCCGACAUGGCAUACCAAUAUGCACAUUGUAUUCAACGGAAUUUAGUGGCAGGUAAAACGAAAAUAGAUACACGAAAUCUAUCAAUUUAUUUCGACGCAUGGAGCUCCCUAAAUGGCCGGUAUUAUCAGCGAAUGUUCGAUCCGACAGUCGACAUGUUAAAGGUGGAAUGGUCCCCGUUCAAAAUUGUACAAUGGAUGAAACCACUGUUGCAGCAAUUUACUUCGAAGCGCCCAGAGAUGCAAUCGAUUGCGAAGGAAGUGCUCAGCUGGAACAAUUUCAGUGACGUCAUGUUCGUGGCAGAUUUUCCGGACCAAACGGUGGAGAGUUACAUUUCAAGGGAUUUGGACAAUGUUACUUUGACUGUCCUGGACGGCACAGUGGUUUAUCAAUCGGAACAGUUAGGAGAAUUAAAAAAUGUUGAGGCGGGUCAAAGGGUUCAUGUAAGUGGACAACAAUUUCAUAGAGUUACAACUACUAGCAAAACGCCUUCAUGCGUCAUGUAUACGUACGUGAAUCGAACAAUGCAAAAUAUGGAACAGAAAUUGGAUGAGUCGAAUGAAUCAAUUUUGCCAAUCUGGAAGGAAAUAUGCAAACGAGUGGCAAACAUGAAGCAAUUCUAUUUGAAUGUUCAAAACUCGCUGUUAUUUGAACUGUACGGUAUUCCUAUACCAGACAGGGGAAAAUGGGAUUCUUAAUUACCAACCCAAUGUCUAUCCAUAACCGUCGGUGUUUGUUUUUUCAAAUAAAUUAAAUUGAAAAUAUUUCCACCAGCUUUCAAUAAUCCGUUCAACAGAACCUCGAAAA